UUAGACUCAUGCGUUGUCAAUGCUGACGGUUCUCUCAAGGAUGCCAAGGACAUCGUCUUCUACCACGAUCCCGAUGAUUCUGUCCCCAUUGACACCACGUCCUCUGCCCCCCAGCCAUCAUCAUCUACUAAUCCUCCUCAGGAUGCCUUCUCUAUGCUACUGAAUACUGGGCGCAAACCAACACCAGUUACAGCUGGUGCUCGAUGAUCCAUUCGGACCUCUAAGCCAUCUGCUCGCCUCCAGGAUGCUGAGAACAUUUAUUCAACCUCGACCUCCACCAGCUCAACACACCGCAAAUGUGCAUUGUCUAGCGCUACUGAACUUCAACUUCAACCGGCUCACAAAAAGGUUUUAUCAUGUCUGUUAUCAGAUGAGGAUAGCCUUGAUGACAAUGAUGCUGGUCAUGACACUGACCCUUUGGAGGACCAGCCCGAAGCCGAACCUGAGGAUGCCAUCCAAGCAACUUUGCCGAAGACUGAAUGUACCGCUGACAUUCGCACUGUCUUCACUCGCCAUGAAACACACUGGGUAUGCAACCCUUGCAAGGACGCUGGUGAACCUGAGAGUAAGCAUGUCUUUCGAGGAGGUAUCUCUACACUCCGCACACACAUCAGUCAUAAAAAAAACCACUUUCAAUUCUACAAGGCUCACUGCCAAGCAGCAGGGAUUACUAUGCACCCUCAUGCCAUUCUGACUAGCGAGGAUCAGGCUCUUUCCAGACAAUCCACCCUUGAUACGAUCCUCGUCACC